AGCCUCGACUGCCACUCCGACAGGGGUCCGGAGCGGACCGCAGAGCGAAACGCCAGCUGCGCAACGGAACGCAGCCUGGACCAGCACAGCUUCAGUUACGGUAUCGAGCGCACUUCAGAGCGCAUCCCGGAACGCGUCUAUGAACGGGCAUUGGAGAGGAGCCUGGACUGUCGUCUGGAGCGGAGCUCAGAGAGCACAGACAGAAGAGCGGACCGGUCUCUAGGCUACGGCUCGGAGAGGAGGUUUGUAUACGAGGACGAGCCGAGCUAUGGACGAACAGAAGAGCGCAGGUCGGGACAGGAGCGGAGUCUGGAUCACAGGGCCGAUCACUACGGCGGUGAGCGCGAGUUUGAGCGGAGGGAGUCGCGGGGCAGCCUGACUCUGACAGACACCAGCAUGUACGGCAACUCGGGCGACUAUUUGAUCUCCCCCGACCGGGAGAUCUCAGAGGAGGCGGAGCCUCAGGCGCUGCCUCUCCGUGCCUUCACCCGCCCCGAGGAGGCGGCCGACCCCACCGCCGUGUCUGGCUCCGACCCGGCCGCGCUGGCGGAGCACCGUCUGUCCCCGCCGGCCGACCACAGCCUGUCGCCGCUGCCGACUCCGACUCCGACUCCGACUCGGGGCGGUCGGGCGGACGCGGCGCCGACCGAGUCGACGGUGCGCCCGUCGGACGGCGGCUCGGAGGGCGGCGUGGCGGCGUGCUCGGGCACGGCCAGCUCGUCGUCCGGCUACCUGGGCUCGCACGGCUCGGACGCCUCGGAGCCGGGCGAGGCGGCCGCCGCCGGCCUGGGCCGCGUCAGUCUGCUGGGCCGGCUGGCCGACGGGCGCGACUCGCCGCAGCGCUCCCGUCUGCUGACCCUCUCUCCGCGCACCAGCGUCAGCGAGUGCGGAGACCUGGAGCUGGAGCUGGAGCUGACGCGCUCGGACGGCGGCAGUCCGGCGCCGGGCAGCGCCGCCGCCGGCGCGCCGCUGAUGCCGGUGCUGGAGGACGGCCUCUCGGAUGGCGACUGGGAGGACGGAGACGGGCCGGACGACUCGGAGGACGCUGCCAGCGCCGAGCCGCUCAGCCCCACGGCGGCCAGCCUGCUGCGGCGACACAUCGCCCGGCUGGAGUCGGAGCUGCGCGAGCGGCGGCCCGGCUCCCCGCCGCCGCCGCCGCCGGGGCCGCCGUCCCCGCCGAGUGCCGACCACCGCCUGGCCAACAUUACACCCACCCGUCAGCGGGAGGUGGAGGCCUACCUGUGUCAGCAGCAACAGCAGCGAGAACAGCAGCGAGAACAGCAGCUUCAGCAGCAGGAACAGGAGCAGCAUCAGUACAGAGCCCACUACCGAGGCAGCGACCUGGACCUCAGAUCAGUCGAUCCCUUAGAGGAGCCCGACACGGACCAGGAGACGGACCGACUGCUCGGACAGAACAAGUCCGCCGCCGCCGACGACUCCACCGCUGGUGACAAGAACUGGAGGAAGCCUCGACCACGUCUGCCCAAGUCGAGCACAACUGGUGACUUGGCACCCCACUCUCCCGCCAGAGGGGACAGCGCACAAAACGACCAGGAGAACAUGAAGAAAAAGAGUAAAACGAAGGAAGUGCUGAUCGAGGGCGUGCUGUUCCGCGCGCGCUACCUGGGCUCCACUCAGCUGGUGUGCGACGGUCAGCCAACCAAGGCCACUCGAAUGACACAGGCAGAGGAGGCCGUGGCCAGGAUCAAGGUGCCCAGCGGGGAGGCGCCGCCCAGCACCGAUGUCGACCUAUUCAUAUCAACUGAGAAAAUAAUGGUGCUCAACACCAGUUUGAAGGAGAUAAUGAUGGACCACGCGCUGCGCACCAUUUCCUACAUCGCCGACAUCGGCGAGCUGGUAGUACUGAUGGCGCGUCGCCGAGAGCCACCGGCCGCCGACGGGCUGGCGCACCUCCAGCAGCAGCCCAAGAUGAUCUGCCACGUGUUCGAGAGUGACGAGGCUCAGUUUAUCGCGCAGUCCAUCGGCCAGGCCUUCCAGGUGGCCUACAUGGAGUUCCUCAAGGCCAACGGCAUCGACGACCACGGCUUCGUCAAGGAGAUGGACUACCAGGAGGUGCUGAACUCGCAGGAGAUUUUCGGCGAGGAGCUGAAGAUGUUCGCUAAGAAGGAGCUGCAGAAGGAGGUGGUGGUGCCCAAGCAGAAGGGCGAGAUCCUGGGCGUGGUGAUUGUGGAGUCCGGCUGGGGCUCGCUGGUGCCCACCGUGGUGAUCGCUAACCUGGCGCCGGCCGGCGCCGCCGCCCGCUGCGGCCAGCUCAACAUCGGAGACCAGAUCAUCGCGCUCAACGGCAUCAGCCUGGUGGGCCUGCCGCUGGCCAGCUGCCAGACCUACGUCAAGAACGCCCGCCAGGCCACCGUGGUGAAGCUGACGGUGGUGCCGUGCCCGCCGGUGGUGGAGGUGCGCAUCCGGCGGCCCGACACCAAGUACCAGCUGGGCUUCAGCGUGCAGAACGGCGUCAUCUGCAGCCUGCUGCGCGGCGGCAUCGCCGAGCGCGGCGGCGUGCGCGUCGGACACCGCAUCAUCGAGAUCAACAGCCAGAGCGUGGUGGCCGUGCCGCACGAGCGCAUCGUCAGCCUGCUGGCCACCUCUGUCGGAGAGAUUCUGAUGAAGACCAUGCCCACGUCACUGUUCCGGUUACUAACCGGACAGGAGACCCCGCUCUACAUUUAGCGGCCGCAUCCCGAGUGAUAGACAGUGGCAGAUUACUGAGCAGUGGAUUGUGAAAGACCAAGAACACCAUCCGGUGAUGGCUAAACUGUACCCAACGACCGCUAGCACCAUCCAAUGGCUGAUGUCAGCCAGGACCUUUGGCAACUAUCAAUGAACACGGACUUGCGAUUCUGUUCGACAUCUCGGCGCCGUGUGAAUGCUGUCUCGGACUCGGGCGCGACUGCAUCACGUGCCGGACGUCAGUGGGACGUCAGUGUGACAUCACUAUGACGUCAGUGUGAUGUCAGGGAGUGACGCUGCUGACGUGUUGUCGGGACCGGCGGCCGUGGGUGGGAUGGGCAGUGCGGUGUCGGAGUCUCCCAGGGCCGGUGUCGGAGUCUGACAGGGCCGGUGUUGGAGUCUGACGGGCCGGUGUCGGAGUCUCCCAGGGCCGGUGUCGGAGUCUCCCAGGGCCGGUGUCGGAGUCUCACGGGCCCGGUAUCGGAGUCUCCCAGGGCCGGUGUCUGAGUCUCCCAGGGCCGGUGUCGGAGUCUCCCAGGGCCGGUGUCGGAGUCUAACAGGGCCGGUGUCGGAGUCUCCCAGGGCCGGUGGUGGUAUCUCUGCGCGGACCGCGGUCGGUGGAGCCGGCUGCGCCGUGCUGCCCGCUGUAGACGAGGGCCGACACUCGCUGUGUUCGCUGACUCGUCGGACCCGUGAGAACCAGCCUGCUGCGGCAUCAGCCGUGUCGUGCAGUGGCCGUGAUUUGUACACGGGCGGUGUGCGCGUGUGCGUGCCAUAUUUAGCGUGUGAGGGCGCGAAUCGUCAGACAGGAGAUGCUGACGUCUUUGCUUGACGUGCUGUGGAACAAUGUCACAACUUUCUGGAACGCUUGAGAUUAUCGAUACACCCCAAGCAGGGGAAAUGAUCUAUGGCGGUUUGAAAACUCUGCCGUAUACAGUGAGAUUAUUUUGCAGUUGGUGACUAGCAAUAUGCUUUAACGUCGCCAUGAACCACAAGCGCUUGCUGCAGUGAUCAGUUUUUAGAAUGGGUAGCUCUCACUCUGUGACAGGGCGCCGGCUGGUGCUGGGCGGCACACAGUGAACACAUGGCGAAUGAAAGGGACAUCCCGUGGUCCAUGGAGCCUCAUGUUUCGGUCAUAUCACGCGCUAGUUUGAUAAUUUUUGUAAUGGCGGUGUGAGCCAAGCGACUUGUGUCCUCAGUAUGGACGAGAGUAGAGAGAUUCUUUCAGCUCUUUGUAACCCUGAUUUUGAAUAAAUCACAUGGAACUGCA